AUGGCUUUUUCUCUUGGCAUGAAAUAUGGUACGCUAAGGUACCAAGGGAGAUUGUGUCCUCCUAUUAUGGGCGGUCUUCGGGAAAGAAUCAUGGCCAAGGGUCACAGUUCCAAGUAUUUCGUGCACUCACACUCUACGAAGAUGUACCAUGAUCUGAAGGAAAUCUACUGGUGGAAUGACAUAAAGAUAGAUAUAGCGGAUUUUGUGGCUAUGUGCCCAAACUACCAACAAGUGAAGGCCGAACGCCAGAAGCCAGUUUCUAUCAUCUCAGAUCGAGGGACACAGUUCAUCUCUAACCUUUGGCAGAAAUUUCAGCAUGGUUUGGGUACCCAGCUGAAUCUUAGUACAUCUUUCCAUCCACAAACUGAUAGACAAGCAGAGCAGUUUAUACAGCCACCAACUUAUCUUGCCAGCAUUUAUAUGUCAUCGUUUAAAGCUCUAUAUGGUAGGAGAUGUAGAUCUCACAUUGGUUGCUUUGAAGUCGUAGAAGUAGAACUAAUAGGGCCAGACCUCGUACAUCUAGCUAUGGAGAAGGUUGCUAUCCUUGAUAGACAAGUUCGAAAGCUGAGGAAUAAGGAGAUUGCCUCCGUCAAAGUGCUAUGGCAAAACCAACAAGUUGAAGAGGCUACCUGGGAAUCAUCCGGAGGCAAUAGGGGUGAAAGGUACGAGAUUAGAGCCAAAAAGGAGAAAAAGUUAAAAAUGGCGAUUUCCAGGAUCACAGGCAGCGUGGGGCGCUACCUGUGGCCCAAUUUCCAAAAUGUUUAUUUUCACAGUGCCAGUGCUAGCGCCCCAUGCUACCCUGGGCAUUGA